AUGUCAGUUCGUGAAUUAUUUCCAUUUUUCAAAUGGGGAUUUAAUAUUAGAAGAUCCAAUUUUUUGGUACCAAUUCUAAGUAAUAAUAUAAUUGUAACAGGUGAAGAGGCCGUCAGUUUUGAGAAACCUCUCCCUGCAAGAGACCCAAGCCAAAUUGUUGUUGUCGAUAAGGCUCAGCAGCAAUCGAAUUCAACAUGUAUAUCUGAACAAAAAUCACAACAAACUACCAACUCUAAUACCACUCCCAAUUCACCUGCAGCAGUCUUGGCAGAAAAAAAAGAUCGUUUUUCUCCUUCAUCUCCUGAAUCAAGUAACGCAAAUCAAAAUCAUAAUCAAAACAAAAAAGAUAAUAAUAAUAAUAAUAAUAAUAAGAUUGAUAAUAAUAUAGAACAACAAAUAAUUAAUGAAAAUAAUACGGAAAUCAUGAAGAUAAAUUCAACUACGCCACCACCUUCACCAAGUUCACCAUCCUCAAAGAUAUCGGAUCAAAGUAAUGAGGAGAUUAUAGAAAAAAUAGAAAAGGGAAUGAUCCAAUUGUACAAGCUCGAAGCCGAGUUGGGAGACUGUUCGAGAGCCGUCGUCAUUCGACGAACCAUCUUGGAAAAGAAUUUGGGACGACAGAUUGAGGCGUUGCCCCACGAAACCUACGAUUUUGAAAAGGUUCAAGGCGCAUGCUGCGAGAAUGUCAUUGGAUACGUGCCUAUCCCCGUCGGUGCUGCCGGCCCACUCUUGCUCAACGGGCAGACCGUGACCAUCCCCAUGGCUACAACCGAGGGCUGUCUGGUCGCCUCAACGCACCGUGGGUGCAAGGCUAUCAGCGAGAGUGGCGGUGCUCGAUGCACGAUAUUGUCGCGUGGCAUGACCCGUGCUCCAGUCGUCCGCUUCCCCAACAUUACAUUGGUCGGUGAGUUUGUGCAGUGGGUCAAUGCCACCGACAACUUUGUCGCCAUCAAGCAGCAGUUUGAGAGCACAUCUCGAUUCGCCAAGUUGACCAACAUCAAGACAACCGUAGCCGGACGUUCAGUGUACAUCCGAUUCAAAUGUGAUACUGGUGAUGCCAUGGGCAUGAAUAUGGUUAGCAAAGGUGUUGAUUCGGUGCUCUCGAUGUUACGCGACCGUUUUGCCGACCUUGAAAUCGUCAGUCUCUCGGGUAACAUGUGUACCGACAAGAAGCCAUCGGCCAUCAACUGGAUCGACGGACGUGGCCGUUCGGUCGUCUGCGAAGCUGUCAUCACGGGCGACAUUGUCCGCAAACUCUUAAAGACCUCUGUCCAGGGUCUCGUCGACCUCAACAUCUCCAAGAACCUCGUCGGCUCUGCCAUGGCCGGCUCCAUAGGUGGCUUCAACGCACAUGCCUCCAAUAUUGUCACUGCCAUCUUUUUGGCAACCGGUCAAGACUGCGCUCAAAAUGUCGAAUCGUCCAACUGCAUCACUCUUAUGGAAGCCUGCAACGAUGGUCAAGACCUCUACAUGACCGUCACCAUGCCAUCGAUCGAAGUAGGAACAGUUGGAGGUGGCACCUUUUUGCCAGCCCAAUCUUCCUGUCUCGAUAUCAUUGGUGUAAGAGGCAGUUCAACCUCUUUGCCCGCCGGUUCCAAUGCCGAUCAAUUGGCCAAAACUAUUUGUGCCGCUGUCAUGGCCGGUGAACUUAGUCUCAUGUCUGCUCUAUCUGCUGGUACCCUCAUGCAAUCACAUCUCCAAUUAAAUCGAAAACAACAAACUACUACAACCCAAAAUCUCGAAAAGAUUUAA